CAAAUUUAAAGGGAUUUCUCAGCCCUGGAAGAGCUGCUGCCAAGCAUUAGUUGCUGCUGUUGGCUUGCUGAGCAUGGCUCCACCGGUGGGUGGACAAAGAAGCCAGACUGCUCGGAUAUGUGUCGUGCAGAUCUAUGGCACUGGAGAGGAGAUGCAGAUCCCUGUUACUGUGAGCACACGGACACUGGUGGUUAAAGAACUCAUCUCUCAGAAGACUGGUGUGCACAUAGAUGAUAUGAAAGUGAUGGCUAAAGGAGGGCCCUUCAUGAAGGAACUUCGCAAUACCGAUGAGGUGCGGAGUCAAGUUGUCAUCAAAGGCAUUGACAGCUUUCGCCGCAAGCGGCAGCAGUAUCCUCAUCCACAUGCGAUCAUCGGAGCAGGACACAAUGGCUUGCGACAGGCGUUGGUCUUUGCAGAGCACAAGGACACAAACUUUAUUCUUUUCGAUCGGCACGACAGGAUUGGGGGAACAUCAUGGUUGGAUCACGCAAAUGUUUGGUCCAAGGUCCAAACUGAGCUGGGAACCUACCAUUUGAACUAUUCUGACCAAUGCGAGUGCCCCCAGGACAUGGCACCUUGGCCAAGCAGGGAUGACCUGCUGGCCCACUUCAACAAGGUGUGUGAUGAGUGGGGGCUCAAACCAUAUUUCAAGAUGAGCUCGGAUGUGCAAAGGUACGAGAUUUUGAAUGAAGGUCAAGCGAACCAAUGCUACAGAUUGUACUUGAGAGCUUCAACUGAUGGCAAGGAGGAGUGGGAAACAACUGUUUCCAGCUUGGUGAUGUAUCCUGGAAACUUGACCAUCCCCCGUAGAGAGGAGUACAAGGGUGAAGACACUUUUGGAGGCCCUAUCUCCUAUGGCAUGUUUGAUGAGACAAACUAUGGCGCCCUGCAGGGAAAGAAUGUAGCCAUCGUGGGCUUCGGCGCCUUUGCGGUCGAGAACAUUCGCACAUGCUGCGAGCACCGUUCAGGGAAGAUCUACUUGGUGUGCCGCAGGAAGAACCUGUGCAUGCCGCGAAUGGUAUCGUGGUGGAUCAAUGGCUCAAUUUUUCCCAUAGCGUCUUCUGAUGUUCUUCGAGAAAUGGAGGAUGUGUACAAGAUGGUUGGUGAUGACCCGUGGAGCUAUUAUGCCGUGCAUUCUAACGAAGCGCGAACAAACGUCACAAUCUUUCAGAAGGCUCGUUUUGGCAUCGGAGACAUUUACUUCCUUUCCAGGUACUAUGGAAAGACAGAGGUGGUACUGGGAACAAUCAAGAAGGUCUCUGAAGCCACGCUACACCUAGAAGAUGGCAAAAGACUGGAAAAUGUGCAGGCAGUUCUGAAGCUUUUUGGCUUCGUACCGGAUUGGGCCGUUGACAAAUUUCUCCAACUGAAGCAUUUGACAGGUCUUUGGGUCAACGGCGACUUCCGAAUUGGAACAAUGUCAGAAUUUCCUACAGUGAAUGCGCAACGGUUUGGUGGUACUUCACUGUCUCCCGGAGCAGUGUCUUGGUGCAAUAUUUUCUAUUAUUUCUGGAGUUAUCCCAAAGACUUUGAGAAAAUGAUUGCGACCGGCAUGCUGGCAAAGCAUUUUCCCAACAUGCAAAAGGAUGAGCCUGGUUAUGUUUUGGAUGCCCAGAUGGGUUCUCAAGUUCUUAUUAGCAUCAGUGGCCUUUGCCCCGGACUGGUGGAAGUCAUCGCCAAAUACGACGACCGCUUCAAACGCGAGAAGCAGUGGGGCACACAUUCACUGUCUCAGAUCCAAGCAAGCGCAGAGGAAGAUUGGUAUCGAUAUUGCCAGAUCUUCAAAGAUGCUGGUGACGAAAGGCCGUUUCCACCAUACCCGUACUCCAAAGACAGAUUGGAAAGAAUGGUGGAGCGGCAAGACAGAGAAGAACAUGAAAAGUUUGUCAAGAAAGGAUUGAUUACUGCAUAGAGCCUGAAAAUAGUGCGUUGCGGCCGUUUGUAGAUAGUGGGAUCCCCAAACAAAGUUAUUCAAGUCUACUUUCUGUCCCGGUGCAUUUGGGUUCUAUUGGUUAUUGCAGAG